AUGGCUGUCUAUGUGUGCACGCACAAGAACAAUCCAAGGCACACACGACCAGCUCCACGAUCCAAGGUUUCGGGGCUCAUCGGUGGGGGCAGUUUUCCACUGGUCAGCCCUCCUUUCGAGUCUUUUUGCCGUUCAGGCUUUUCAAGGAACAAUGAGCACUGGCGUGACUGCAAGCGGCAACGGAUCUACGAAUUAACUGAGAGCAUCCACUGCCAUCCAGAGCCGAGGCGGAGACGCCAUGACGAGAGGGCCCAUGGGACACGAAUGAGACUCGACGAGUCACAGGGCGAGUUUGGGCUCUGA